ACUACCGCCUCUACCGGUUUCAAGAUCUCGAAUGCCCUUUCAGGGAUCUCGAGAUCCCUCCCUCUCUUUCUCGCUCUCAAACUGUGUGUCAAGUGUGUGUGAGAGUGUGUGCGAGUCUUAAGUAAAAUGGAGAAGACGAUGGAGUGUCUCUUCGUCGCAUUGCUCGUAAUUUGCAGUGCCACACAGGUGAGAUCAGAUUCGUCUGAUCAUAAAUACAAAGCUGGAGAUCAGGUCCCUCUCUACGCCAACAAAGUCGGUCCCUUCCACAAUCCCAGUGAAACUUACCGCUAUUUUGAUCUCCCAUUUUGUUUGCCAGCUCAUCUAAAAGAGAAAAGGGAAGCUCUUGGUGAAGUGUUGAAUGGGGAUCGAUUAGUCAGUGCUCCAUAUAAACUUGACUUUUUAGUCGAAAAAGACUCUGAAAUUGUUUGCAAGAAGAAGCUGACAAAGGAAGAAGUUGCUCAAUUCCGAAGUUCUGUCACAAAGGACUACUAUUUCCAAAUGUACUAUGAUGACUUGCCAAUCUGGGGUUUCUUAGGGAAGAUUGACAAGGAAGGCAAAGCUGACCACAGCGAGUUCAAAUAUUACUUAUUCAAACAUCUUCAUUUUGAAAUCCUUUAUAAUAAGGAUCGUGUCAUUGAGAUUAAUGUUCGAACUGACCCUAAUGCCCUUGUGGACAUUACGGAGGACAAGGAAGUUGAUGUAGAAUUCAUGUACACUGUUAAAUGGAAGGAAACAAACACUCCUUUUGAGAAUAGGAUGGAGAAGUAUUCACAGUCUUCUUCGCUUCCUCAUCACUUGGAAAUCCAUUGGUUCUCAAUAAUCAACUCAUGCGUGACAGUUCUCCUUUUAACUGGAUUUCUUGCCACGAUUCUUAUGCGAGUCCUAAAGAAUGAUUUUGUUAAGUAUGCUCAUGAUGAGGAGACAGCUGAAGACCAAGAAGAAACUGGGUGGAAGUAUAUUCACGGGGAUGUUUUCAGGUAUCCGAAAUACAAGUCCUUGUUUGCUGCUGCCCUUGGUUCUGGAACACAGCUAUUUACCCUCACAAUAUUUAUAUUUUUACUCGCACUUGUUGGAGUUUUUUAUCCAUACAACCGUGGAGCUCUGUUCACUGCACUGGUUGUCAUGUAUGCACUUACAUCCGGGAUAGCAGGCUAUACUGCAACCUCUUUCUACUCCCAGUUAGAGGGAACAAAUUGGGUGAGAAAUUUGUUAUUGACAGGAAGCCUGUUUUGCGCACCUCUGUUUCUCACAUUCUGCUUUCUUAACACCGUUGCAAUUACUUAUACUGCGACUGCAGCACUGCCAUUUGGUACCAUUGUUGUGAUAGUUCUUAUUUGGACGCUAGUAACAACACCCUUGCUGGUAUUGGGUGGGAUUGCAGGAAAGAAUAGCAAGGCUGAGUUUCAAGCUCCUUGUCGCACUACAAAAUACCCUAGAGAGAUACCGCCAUUGCCUUGGUAUCGUGGAAGCCUUCCUCAGAUGGCAAUGGCAGGGUUUCUGCCUUUCAGUGCAAUAUAUAUUGAACUCUACUACAUAUUUGCCAGUGUUUGGGGUCACAGGAUCUACACCAUAUACAGCAUCCUAUUCAUAGUCUUCAUCAUUCUCCUGAUUGUUACUGCUUUUAUUACCGUAGCAUUGACAUAUUUUCAACUUGCUGCUGAAGACCAUGAGUGGUGGUGGAGGUCUUUCCUUUGUGGUGGAUCAACUGGCUUGUUCAUCUACGGCUACUGCUUGUAUUACUAUUAUGCACGAUCAGAUAUGUCAGGUUUCAUGCAAACCUCGUUCUUCUUUGGGUACAUGGCUUGCAUCUGCUAUGGUUUCUUUCUCAUGCUAGGGACUGUUGGUUUCCGUGCGGCUUUGUUCUUUGUCCGUCACAUAUACCACUCAAUCAAGUGUGAGUAGUGCAUUGGAUCGUCAAACUUCUCGUGUUGAAUAGAUUCGUGAUGACGCGUUCGAUCAAAGUGGACUACGUAGAACAACAGGCGUUCUCAGAAUGUAGCUUGUAUUAGUUCCGCGUAUGGCAAGCAUUCCACGGAGAUCGUUCUUCUUCCUUACUGCGGUGAUAGUUCAAUAAUUGAUGAGAGAGAUAGAAAUUUAGGCCUUUUUUUUCUCUUUCAAAUCUUGCUUUUUGUCUCGUUAUAUUGAAAGAAAAUAUGAAACAUGGGCACAAGUGUAUGUCUUCUGCAGUGCUUAAUUUUCAGUUUUACCCUGUACGGUUGGAUCUGAUGUUAAUUUUCAGUUUUACCCUGUACGGUUGGAUCUGAUGUUGAUGUUUCGUUCAAGCAAUUCAUUGGUAUCAUGUAACGUACUUAUUGCUCUAUAUUGCAUUACAACUCUUCCUUUUUAA